AUGUCAGACACGCCGUUCCCUUUCAGCAAUGUCCAGGACCUCGAUUCGUUAGGCCACCUUUACGAUGACCACGACGACCCUCCAACCGAUGGUCCACCCUGCGAGUGCGCCUCCUGCGCAGAGAUCGCAUCUCUCGAGCAAAUCAAGCAAGAAACCAUCAACAAGAUCCUCGACACAAAGCGCAAGAUGAACGUCGCCCACUCGGCCUUCAUUCGCACACUUCCUAUCGAAUUAAAAGUCAAGGUAUUUGAGCUAUGUAUCCAGGGCCCCGGUCCCUCAAGCUCAACCCCUCUGGCGCUAGGCGCAAUCUGCCACGACUGGAGGCAGGUCGCAUGGGACGCUCCUUCGCUGUGGGCUGCCCUCUCAAUCAAGUUCAACGUGCUUUGUUGCGACAAAAAGCCAUGCAAGGCCCCUCCUCCUCCAAAUACCAACCGGCUCAUACUUCUCCAAGAGUGGCUCGCCCGCUCGACAACCUGCCCACUCUCGCUCGACCUCUCAGUGCGCACCUUCCCGUGCAAGGCGAAGAUUCCGGGGAAUUUUACCGGUGCCAUGGCCGAUAUACCAGAACACUAUCUCUCUCCUCCCACCCUCGGCAACCGCGCCCGCCUCGAGUCAGAGACAGCCUCCAUCAUCGAGCUCAUCACCAAGGAGUCGCACCGGUGGCAAGACCUGCGCAUUUCCCUCCCGCGCGCGUACCUCAAACUGCUGGGUGCGACACUCGAGCUUGGGCUGCCCGCGCUCCAGAGCAUCGAGGUCCGCCAAUGCGAGCUGUAUACCUGGCGGGGUGACAUCCUCGACUACCGGCUCGCGAUCGCCGACGCGCCGAACCUAAGAAAGGCCGUGCUGCACGCCCACCGCGAACCCGCCAAGGACUUACCAUGGAGGCACCUCACGCAUUUGGUAGUGCAUGAGUUCUUCGUCGAGGAACUACUGGGGAUCUUGAGGCAGACGCCGGCGUUAGAGGACUUGAGUGUGCGCUCCCUCCUCUGGCUACCAGGCAGAGAGGAUGGCUAUAACGACGACGAGGAGGAGGCAAAUGCCAGGCCAGAUUUGCCAAUCGACCACCCGCAGUGCGUCCGUCUCCCGCGCUUGCGGGCCCUCCACUUCCACAGCGACAUGGGAGAGGGGUACAGCGCGCUCAUUCCCCUGCGCGUGCGUACCUACAUGCCUGCGCUCCAGGAAUUCGAAUUCGAGGGGGACGAAGCGGCCUCACGCGUGUCAGGCGAUAGCGGGUUCGCUCUCGGCCCAGUGUUCAGGCUCGCGUCAAGGUAUCGCGAGACGCUCCGGCGGCUCGCUGUACGCAAGGCGUUCUUUAUGAGCCACCGCGUCGUCGAUGAGGAUCUACCCAGCCUCUAUAAACUGAGGGAGUUGGAGAUCGACGCCGCCUCGACGAACCCGCUGUCUAGCAUUAGCGGCGCGGUCCUACGUGCGCUGAGCUUAAAGACGUAUGCAGGUGGUAAUGAAGAGUUCCUGCCGCACCUAGAGGUCCUGAGCCUUACAGGGGCGAAGGACUUCGGAUGGAGCACACUGGCGAAUAUCUUCCCAGACUACACUGCAGGAGGUCCGGGCACUAGCACGCCUGCAGAUGCAACGACCGAUGAAAUCUCCCUGGUGCGAGCGUUCCGCUCCGUGAAGGUCGUGUGCCUUGCCUCGGACUUUAGGACGGUCGACUAUAUCCGUCCGGAUGACCUCUGCCGUCUUUUCGCAGCGAGGACAGGUGGGUGUCGCCUCGAAGUGAACCGCUGGGAGUGGGAGGAGUACGAUCGCGAUAAUUACCACCGCAAGUCUAGACCUGGGGCUUUAGGAUUGAACAAGUCAGACUGGCUGGAAGCGUCCGUGGAGAGGUGGCAGGAGAACAUUCAAGGCGGAGACCAGGAGGAAAAUAAGGACGGUCAAUUAUAG